CGUGGGAUGUGAGCACGAUGAAUGACAUUUUUGGGAUUUUGGCGCACAGAUCACAUCCAAGAACUCAACUUGUCUUUGAUUGCUGAUUGAGGGUCAUCCACUUGUCUGGGUUGCAGGUAUGAGGGUGCUACACUGGUGCAUGCUGGGAGUGACCAUCCUGCUGCUGGUCUGCGAGGUCACCAUCAGUCAUCUGUGCAAUUCCCUCAUCACGUUAGUGGAUGGUUUCCACACGCUCUUCAUCUUCUUGCGCAUGGCUCUUCCUCCUCCUCAAACAGCAAGCAUAAAAAAGAACCCGCUCUCCUCUUCAGAUUCCUCCGCAUCUCCUCCACAUGCUUCCUCCUCCUCCUCAGAAGUACUUCCCUCCAUCCUGCCUGCAGGGUCAUCCAUUGAAUCGCCACCUGGGACCCGGGCCGAUGGGCCCCCGGACUGUGGCGUGUCCUUCACCAGCAGCAGGAUUCAGCCUGUGGGGGCUUUCUUUUCUGCCCUCCUCCUCACCUCUCUGUGUCUCUCUUACUUCAUGGAAAUCGUCAGCUUUUCCCUGGAGCCACACCCAGUGCAGCGCCCCCUGCUGCUGGUGGUGGUCGGAGCUGUCAGUCUGCUUCAUAAGCUGCUGGUGGUCUGGCUGAAGUGGGAUCAGCUGCAGAAUGAGAGGGCCGAUGCCAGCAGGCAGCCGAGGAACGAAUCUCACCUUGAAGUGAACCAGAGAGUCUUGGCUGCAGAGGAACCCAAAGGCCAGGCUGAGCCGGGGCGAGUCCUGGAAGAUGUUAGCUACGUCCAAUCUGCCGUGGACAACUCGCUCCACAAUGGGGCGCUGGUCCUGUGCAACCCGGGAACCUCCAGCGUCCCUGACCCUGACUCUCAAACUGCCAAACAACAGCCAGUCCACCUGCAUGCAGCAGCUCAACAGGACCGCAGGGACUGUGAGGCAGCCAGCGGUGUCGCAGAUUUGAAGGUCUGCAAGUGUGAGAGUCGUUCAGAAGACAUCACAGACAACACCUGCAUGGGACAUCUUGACAGUCAAACUGCAUCUAAUACCAAAGUCUACAAGUCGUCCCAUCACAUUGAGAGGACCGUACCAAGCAGCCAGCGGCCAGUCAGUCGCGUGUCCUUUGUCCUCGUCAUGCAGGGCCUCACUAGCUCUCUGCUGGCUCUGAUCAACAGCCUGGUGAUGCUGCUGGUCGGCCCACAGUUCCUACACAGCUCGGGAACCUGUGGCCUGCUGGUUUACCUGGAUCCUGUUCUCUCCCUGCUGGCUGUGAUUGUGCUGAUCGCCACCGCUGCACCACAGGUGCACAGGUAUGGACUUCUGCUGCUACAGGCCACACCUCCACACAUUUGCGCAUCUGAUCUUGGAAGAAGGAUUACGAGUGUCCCCGGAGUGCAGGCUGUGCACAACCUUCACAUCUGGCAGUUAACUGAAUCCUUCAUGGUGGCCUCUGUCCAUGUACACUGCCAUGCUGGGUUUCCAAUGCACAGGUGUGCUGAUCUGAUGUCGGGGGUCACUAAGGUGCUGCAGAGUGUUGGAGUGAGCUGCUGCACCGUCCAACCAGAGUUUGCCUCCUGCUCUGGGUCCUCUGCAGGCAGCGAGGGGGACGCCUCCCCUGUCAUCCACAGAGAGGACCCCUCCCUGCCACCUCUUCUGGCCUGCAGCCUCGCCUGUGGAAAGGCCUGCGCUGGGUCUAUGUGUUGCUCUCCCGUAGAGGAGGAGACCAGCCUGCUGGCACCACCAGCUGGGGAAACAAAGGAAGAGCCUCAGACACUGGUCAUCGAGAACACCUUCCUCUGACUGAAGUAGUUGAAAUAAAUGAAUGAAUGUAAAGGUAAAGGUAGUGGAUGAUGCGGAAAAAUGAACAGAUUUUGAAAGUGUAAUCUGUCCUAAAACAUGGCUCAUACAUUACAUGUAAAUGUUAUGUUUAUGUUAGUUUGAUGACAUUAAACAUGGCGCUGCAAUAUCAAGCGAGACAUUUCUUCUUGUGGUGGCCUCAUUUGUACUCCGAACCUCUGUAUUCUCUACCAUGUAUGUAUAAACAAAUAAUACUAA